AUUUGCAAUGCCGUGUGCCUGCUUGGCACUGUGCCCCCUUUCAUGGCAACACCGUGCCAGCCCAUAAGAUGCCAGGCACCUGACCAGUGAUGCCAGAAAGCCCUCUCUCUCUUGGGACCAGCGCCCACCCUGCCUCUGUCAUCUGCACGGUGCCAGCUGCACAGUGCCAGGCUUAACAAAGCUGCUUUGUGUGGCCAGCGAAACUUCAGCAAAAAAGGAGGGGGGGGGCUUCCGAACAAACCCCAGAAUGUCUGGUGACAGUGAAGAAAUCACCCGCCUUCGCAAGCCACGCUUCUCCUAUGAGGAGAACCAAAUUCUUAUCCAAGAAGUGAGGACCAAUUACGGCAAGCUGUACGGCACCCAGAGCCGGCGAGUGACAGUGGCCGAACGCCGGCGGGUCUGGGAGAGCAUCGCUGCCAAGAUCAAUGGGAUCACCAGCUGGAAACGCACUGGCCAAGAAGUGCAGAAACGCUGGAAUGACUUCAAGCGGCGCACCAAGGAGAAGCUGGCAAGGGUGCCCCAUUCUACCCAGGGGGCGGGCAACGCCUGCGACGAAUCCUUUUCAGCUGAGGAGGAAACCAUCUUUGCCAUCCUGGGGCCUGGUGUGAUGAUGGGCACAGGCCGGGCAGAGCCCAACACCAUGCAGAACACCCCAGGGUUUGCCCACAGCUACCGCCUGGCAGCAGAACACGGCGCAGAUAUGCUAGCUCGGGGAAACACCUCCUGUAGCCCAGAGACUUCUGCUCGGGCUUCCUGCUGCACUCUGGAUAGCGGGCUGCUGCGGCCUAAGGAACGCGACUCGCCAGCACCCCCUCCAGGCCAGCCCUCUUCUCUGCAGAUCGUCCAGCUGGCACCUUCUCCAGCCAGCAUAGGCUGCAGGCCGCUUCCCGAGCACUCCCCUGCAGAGCAGCUGGCCACCCCCUGCCCCUCAACCUCGCCACCCCUGCGGCGCAGGCGCACCCGCCUAGAUAUGCCCCUGGAGCCUCCUCUGGAUUUCCUACAGGCCCAGAGGGAGACAGCUGAAGCCAUCCGUGAGCUGACUUACACCCUGCGGCAAGGCCUAGAGAGGCUCACCGACAUCGUGGCUGCCCUACUGCCACUCCUCCCGGUCCAGGCAAAUACCCUCUUGCACCAGCAGGGGGAGACAUCUGCCCCACUGCCAGCUCCUUCCACGGAGACCCUGCCUGACAGCGACUCCUUUACCACCAAGGUGGAGCUGCCCCCAGAGCAGGGGGUGGGCGAGGAGAGGCCUUUGCAGGAGGAAGGCAGGCUUGCAGCUGAAACCAGGCCGUCUCCAGCCCAAGUCACAUCGCCGCAGAAACGGAGGAAAGGGAUCCCUACUCGCAAACGCAGGGGCCGCUGGAAGAAUUUGUGAGUGAGCUCAGGACCUGCUGCUGCCCCCUGCAGAGGAAAAAGGAGGCGAUGCACAUCCUGUGGAGGUGGGGUCUUCCUGACAUCCCUCUGUCCCCCCGCAAGAGAUCCCACCACCACCACCACCACCACACAAAUAAUGCAAGAUUUCAUCCUUCACCAGACACUGUCCGGCCCCCACCUUCAGUCAUUGCUGCAAUGGGGUUUGGUUGCAUCCACAGCUUGUGUGCCAACAAAAUAUAGGCCAUUUUGGCCACUCACACCACCCUUGUGUUGGCAGGCCCAGGCAAACAGCAAAGCCUAGCCACUUAAUUGAGCCCCUGGUGGGUCCCUGACAGGCAGGCUGCAUUUUGGCUAGUGGGUCACUAUUUGCAGAGGCCAGGGUUCAGCCUAGGACUGAAGGCCAGCCAGAGACAUUGGACAUGGGGGACACAAUGCAAAUGAGCAGGCAGACCGCUCUUCUAGCUUCACUUGUACCCAAGGCAAGGGGGGCAGGGAUGAGAGGGUCUGGCUGGCUUCCAGUUCCAAAGACACCCUCCCUUCCUCCCUACCCCAUCUUCCCCUUCCAACUCUACCCCAACCUGAUCCAGUGCCUGAAAACUAGAUAUGGAGGGGCAGCAACCAAGUGGGGUGAGGGGGCCAGCUGUUUCAGUGCCAGAAAAGACCCCCAGGCAGUAUCUACUGCCUCAGAUGAUUGGAGACAAGGUAGCCCAACAGCAAUGCCCUCUCGA